CAUUGGAUGAUGGAGCACACAUUCGGAUUCGGGGUGGAGCAGCCCGAGCAGCCAAAAGGGAGGAAAAAAUGUGAAGCGUAAAAAAAAAGUUGCUUGCUGUGUAGACUCAUGCUCCUCCAGCCUUCUUAGUUUCCCAAAUGUUCACUACAGCAGUGCGCGCGCUCUCCGGUUCACCGUGGCGAACUGUGGCUUAAAAGGGACUUUCACACGAUUCAGAGAGAAGACAGAACUGUGAGGGAAUCGGAGCACAGCACUGAAGUUGUGACAGUUUGAGGUGGGAAGCAGUUUGGGGAGCUUUUACGCAUUGCGCAGGAUGCAGGCGCGCUACUCCGUGUCCAGUCCCAACUCUUUGGGAGUCGUACCCUACAUCAGCAGCGACCAGAGCUACUACCGGGCCGGCGGUGGAUACACCGGCAUGCCUGCGCCCAUGAGUAUGUACUCGCAUGCGGCCCACGACCAGUACCCGGCCAGCAUGGCCCGGGCGUACGGACCGUACACCCCUCAGCACCAGCCGAAGGACAUGGUCAAACCUCCUUACAGCUACAUCGCUCUCAUCACCAUGGCGAUCCAGAAUUCACCAGAGAAAAAAAUCACCCUGAACGGGAUUUAUCAGUUUAUCAUGGAAAGGUUCCCCUUCUACCGGGACAACAAGCAGGGCUGGCAGAACAGCAUACGACACAAUCUGUCCCUCAACGAGUGCUUUGUCAAAGUGCCCCGGGACGAUAAGAAGCCCGGUAAGGGCAGCUACUGGACCUUGGACCCGGAUUCCUACAACAUGUUUGAAAACGGCAGCUUCCUACGGCGCCGAAGGAGGUUCAAGAAGAAGGACGUGCAGCGGGACAAGGAAGAGCGGGACAGACAAGUCAAGGACCCCUCUGCGCGCACCACCGGCCGGGACCAGGACCCGCCGGUUCAGGGCUCUCAGCCGGUGCGGGUCCAGGACAUUAAGACUGAGAACGGGACCUCCACGCCGCCUCAGGCCACGUCCCCGACCCUGGACGCUGUGCCCAAGAUUGAGAGCCCCGACAGCAGCAGUAGCAUGUCAACAGGUAGCCCGCACAGCGUCCCGUCCACCCGGUCACUCAGCAUGGAAGGACCCGAGCACCACCACCACCACCACGGCCAGGCCGCAGCGCAGGGCUUCAGCGUGGAUAACAUCAUGACCUCCUUGCGGGGGUCUCCGCAGGCCGAGCUCUCCCCGCCUCUCAUCGCCUCCUCUCGGACAGGUAUCACCCCGUCACUGUCGCUCAACUACUCCCCCAACCAGACGUCCGCCUACAGCUCCACGACCUGCAACCAGAACGUCAUCUCCACGAGCUCCAACGCCACUUAUCACUGCAACAUGCAAGCCAUGAGCGUGUACGCGGGGGACCGAUCCUCCGGCGGACACCUGGUUCCGUCCACCACGGUGGAGGAGGCUCUGCCCGACUAUUGCAUCACCACGACCACCGCGUCUCCGCUCGGGCACGGAAACCUGAGCCAGGCGGGCCAGGACGGCCACCACGCGCACCAGGGCCGACUCACGUCCUGGUACGGGGACCUGAGCCACUUGAGCCCGGGUUACCCGGCUCAGCAGCAGAACUUCCACUCAGUGCGGGAGAUGUUUGAGUCCCAGCGGAUCGGAUUGAACGGCUCCCCGGUCAACGGGAAUAAUAGCUGUCAGAUGGCGUUCCCGUCCGGCCAGUCCAUCUACCGCACCUCAGGAGCUUUUGUUUAUGACUGCAGCAAGUUCUGAAAGCCAAAUUUCUCCUUUAAAUUAAUAACUCUAAUAUAUAUUUUCUAUAAUUUUUUUGUACUUUUGGUCUUUCAUUCACACUCCGAAUGGACAUGAGAGAUUCAAAGAUUUUUUUUCUUUGUCGAGAGCUGUGUAACACCAAAACACGUAAGUUUCCUUCCCUCUCACUUUGAGAAUUGUUUAUACAGAUGGCUCAAAUACCAGCUUUUAUGACUAGACUGUAAAUUAUAGCCUAAUAUAGUAAUUUAUUUUUUAGGAAAAGGGAGUGCUUGGAAAUUAAGGAACAAACACUUUUUCCAGUUUUCUUAUUGCUGCCUUUAAUUGUCCCAGUUCUUGUAUAGAAAUAGAGGGGGGACUGUGUAGCCUGUACUGACUUAUUUUAUUCAUUUUGUGUUGUUUGUUUUAAAAAAAACUAUUUUGAAGGCAUUACAUUUUGUUUUGUUUAAUAAAGUGCCGUCUAUUCGAUUUUAA